AUGAGCGAUCGCAGAACGAGAGUACAACGCAUUCUCUGGCGUUCCAACCGCGACGAUCCGCUCAUAUCGUACGAGCUCCAAACCGUUACGUACGGUUUUGCAUCCGCGCCAUUCCUGGCAACUCGCACCCUCCUACAAGUUGCACAGGACGAAGGCGACAAGUACCCCGCCUCCGUAGAUGCUGUGAAGCAGGAUUUUUACGUCGAUGACUUUUUAUCGGGAGCUGACGAUGUCCAAUCCGCAAUCCGCCUUCGCCAAGAAGUUUCCGCCAUGCUUACGUCAGCUGGCCUUCCGUUAAAGAAGUGGGCAUCCAAUUCCUCCGAAGUCCUUGCGCAAGUCCCGCAAGAAGAUCUCGCUCUACUACCACUGCAUGAUCUCCAGGACGAACAAUCCAUAUCCACCUUAGGACUCGUUUGGGAGCCGAAGUCCGAUACGAUGCGCUUCAAGGUCCAGUUGCCGUUACCAGCACCCGUCCUGACCAAAAGGAAGGUCAUGUCCUACAUUGCGCAGAUCUUCGACCCACUAGGGCUAGUUGGCCCGACAAUCACCGUAGCGAAGCUGUUCAUGCAGCGCCUGUGGGCAUUGAAGACCGACGCAGGAGAUUCAUACGAGUGGGAUCGUCCGCUGCCUCCGCGUCUACAAGGCGAAUGGAAGGAAUUCCAUGGUACGCUAGAUGCAAUCUCCAAAAUCCGCAUUCCCAGAUUCGUGUCGCAGAUCAAGACCGAAACCAUCCAGCUCCACUUUUUCUCCGAUGCUUCAGAGAAGGCAUAUGGUGCAUGCUGCUACGUCCGUUCUGAGUCAGCUGCAGGGAUUCGUGUUCAGCUGCUAACGUCAAAAUCCAAGGUCGCACCGUUAGCCACCUGCCAAUCGAUUGCGCGCCUAGAGUUGUGUGCCGCUGUGUUGUCGGUUAGCCUAUAUGAGAAGGUGAUGAAGUCCCUUAAGACAUCGUGCGAAGUGUUCUUCUGGGUUGAUUCGACGAUAGUCCUCUACUGGCUACAAUCGUGCCCGUCGCGCUGGAAAACGUUCGUGGCAAACCGAGUGUCCACAGUCCAAUCCUCUACCGCAUCUUGUUCCUGGCAGCACGUUCCCGGAGAAUCCAACCCAGCAGACCUUAUAUCACGAGGUGUCAAUCCAACCGAUAUCGUGAACCUCGAGUUUUGGUGGAUAGGACCGCAAUGGUUAGGGGUUUUGCCACACCAUUGGCCACGCACUGUGCUGCCAGCGUUCGAUUUAUCCACAAUGCCAGAGAGCAAAAGCACUGUCGCCGUGAUGUCGGUAACGGUAGCCGAACCAUCGUUUUCCGCUCGACUGUUCAGUCGCUACUCCAGCUUUACAAAGCUACGACGUUCCAUCGCGUAUUGGAUGCGAUAUUUCCGCUCUCUACGAGCUGCCGUGCAGAAAACCAAGCCAGAGCCGUUUGACUCGCUUUCAACGGCCGAUCUACGCGAGGCUGAUUUAGCCUUGUGUCGCGUAGCCCAACGGGAGAUGUUCUCCAAGGAGCUCUCUAAAAUAACCAGACGUGAACCCCUUCCCGCAUCGUUAAAGUGGUUGAAACCGACGAUGUAUAAAGAUGGCGUUAUUCGAGUCGGUGGGAGACUCAAAUACGCCGUAGUUUCGGAAGAAAUGAAGCACCCGAUAAUGCUGCUUGCGAAGCAUCCGCUGUCCGUGUUGUUGACCGAGUACUACCACAGCAAUCUACUACAUGCAGGACCACAACUGACUCUAACUACACUGCGUCAGAAGUACUGGGUGAUUGGAGGACGCGACCUCGUUCGCCGCACGUACCAUCAGUGCCACACGUGUUUUCGCAGCAAGCCCCGUUUGAUCCAGCAAACCGUAGCAGACCUGCCGUCCUCGCGAGUCUCGCCAACCGUAUGCGUAUGCGGUGUAGACUAUUGUGGACCUGUCUACAUUAAAUCGCUGACACGCAACCGUGCACCUACGAAGGCAUACAUCGCGAUCUUCGUGUGUUUCUCCACCCGCGCUGUCCACAUCGAACUGGUCUCUGACCUAUCCACGCCAGCCUUUCUGGCUGCCCUCCGCCGUUUCGUCGCCCGCAGAGGAAGAAUGAGGGAGAUCCAUAGCGACAACGGCACCGCAUUCAAGGGAGCGUCCAAUGCACUCAACCGAAUCCACCACAUGCUAAAGUCCGAUCAGGGUGGACGAAAGCAGAUCCUCGACUGGUGUUCCGAGAAUGAGAUCAUGUGGCGAUUCAUUCCACCUCGCGCUCCGCACUUCGGCGGUCUGUGGGAAGCAGCCUUCAAGUCAGCAAAGCACCAUCUGCUUCGUGAGAUCGGCAGUGUGAAUGUCAGCUACGAGGACAUGAUAACCAUACUCGCCCAGAUCGAGAUGUGUCUAAACUCCAGACCUCUCACUGCCAUACCGUCCGAUCCGUCAGACCUGGAAGCUCUGACCCCAGGCCAUUUCCUGGUGGGAACCAGCCUACAAGCCGUUCCAGAGCCGUCACUUUGCGAUGUACCCGACAAUCGACUUUCACAUUGGCAGCUCACCCAGAAGCGUGUCCAAAGGAUUUGGGCAAGGUGGUAUCCCGAGUACCUUCAGCAGCUGCAGUCACGAGCCACGAAGCAGUACCCCAAGGUCACCAUUGAACCCGGACGAGUUGUGGUGAUCAAGGACGAAUGUCUGCCGCCAACUCAAUGGCCACUCGGAAAAAUCAUCCAGGUACACCCGAACAAGGAUGGAAUUGUUCGCGUUGUCACCCUGAAAACCGCCACAUCCGAUUCAGUUGUCCGUCCAGUCGUGAAACUGGCCUUGCUUCCGACACCGGAAACGCAGUCCACAGCGUCUGAUCCCAGUUCGGACGAAGAAUAG